UCACACCCACAGGAGCGACACAGGCUUCUCAGAGCUUGGACGCCUCUCACGCUUGUCUCUGCCAAAGCCUUUUCCUCUGCAUCUCCUGGGGCACGAGGGCUUGGUCCCGGGAGGCCCAGGGAGCAGUUGCUGUGUCCAAACAGGUUCCAUGAUGCCUGGGGUGGCUUGGCUGCUGGUCCUGCUCCUGCUGGCCCUGCUGGGGGCUGCCCUGCGUUCCUGGCAGCGUGCUCCAGCGCGGAGCAAGAUCCCCAGGGCACAGAAGCGCCGGGUGGAGGCACUGCAGCGGAUGGAAGCCCUGGCACGGCGUCUCCGGGAGCAGGAGCCGUCCCUGGACCCCAGGCCCAUCCUGGAGCUGCCGCUGGACAGGCUGGUCCAGAAGCUGCGGGAUGAAGAGCUCAGUCUGGAGAGUGUCCUCUGUAGCUACUUAGAGGAGGCGCUGAAGGUGCACCAGGAGGUGAACUGCCUGACGGAUUUCUUGGACGAGUGUGAGGAACAACUGCAGGCAUUGAAGAAACUCAAGAAGACUGAGAGAGGCCUUCUGUAUGGGGUCCCCAUCACCCUGAAGGACCCCUACAACUGCAAGGGCCAUGACUCUACGUGUGGCCUGGCCCAGUUCCUGGAGAAGCCAGCGGCCAAGGACGGGGUCAUUGUGAAAGUGCUGAAGGCCCAGGGAGCUAUUCCCUUCGUUAAGACCAACAUCCCCCAGACACUGUUCAGCGCUGAGUGCAGCAACCCCAUCUACGGACAGACUCUGAACCCUCUGCGCUUAAAGAAGUCACCGGGGGGCUCCUCGGGGGGCGAGGGAGUCCUGUUUGCACAAGGGGGUUCCAUCCUGGGCAUGGGUACUGACACCGGAGGCAGCAUCCGCAUACCAGCCAGCUUUUGUGGUGUCUGUGGCCUCCGGACAACAGGAUACCGUCUCAGCUACUCCGGAGUUGCCUCUGCUAUCAAGGGCCAGAAAUCAGUGACCUCGGUGGCUGGCCCCAUGGCCCGGGAUGUGGAGAGCCUGGUGCUGUGUCUGCGAGCCCUGCUAAGUGAAGACAUGCACCGACUGGACCCCACUGUGCCUUUCAUGCCCUUCAGGGAGGAGAUAUACUCCAGUAACCAGCCCCUUCGAAUUGGCUACUGUGAAUCAGAUGGCUUCACCCAGCCAUCUCCGAGCAUGGCCAGGGCCAUGAGGCUUACUUCCAGGCUGCUCCAGGAUGCAGGACAUCAGGUCAUCCCCUUCUCCAUCCCCCGCAUAGAGUAUGCUGUCAAACACCUGUUCGUGGGGGGUCUGUUUGCUGAUGGAGGAGCCACCCUUCUGGAGAAGCUUGAAGGAGACAUUGUGGACCCUUGCAUGAAGACAAUGAUCAACCAGCUCCGCUUGCCAGACCUACUCAAGUGUUUCUUGGCCUGGAUCCUGAAGUACAUAGAACCCCGAGCUAGCCAGAAUUUAGAAGAGAUGCGUGGGGUGAGGACUCCCAAGAAGCUGUGGGAGCGGCACAAUGCAGUGGAGGAAUAUCGGCAAGAGUUCAUAGCCAGGUGGAGGUCCUUAGACCUGGAUGUGCUGCUGACACCAGCUGUGGACCCUGCCUUCGAUGUAGGCUAUUCUGGCAAGGCAUUAGAUAGCUUCUCCUACUUGCACCUGUACAACGUCCUGAACUUCCCUAUUGGCGUGGUGCGGGUCACCAGUGUGACGCCGCAGGACGAGGAGGACCUGGCCUUCUACAAGGGAUACUACGGAGACAGUUCUGACACGUAUUUCCGGGAGGCCUUACAAGGAUCCGUGGGACUCCCCGUGGCAGUGCAGUGCAUUGCUUUGCCAUGGGAAGAGGAGCUGUGUCUCCGGUUCAUGAAGGAGGUGGAGACCUUGGUCAAGAACCACAGGGAACCAGAGUGAUAGGCCACUCCUUCUCCUGGAGGCCUUCCUACAGCCUCCUCGAAGUUGGCUUCUGAUGCCCCUUCUCAAGAAUACUGUAUGUGCCUCAUGUCUCCUCCUCCUUGAAGCCCACUGGAUUCCUUUUCUUUGUUGUCCUUCUGCAUGGGUACGCAAUACAUGGACUCUUCAGAUUGGCCCAAGAUGGGGCACAGGGUGAAGGGCUCAAUAAACAUUUCUGACUGGUC